AUGAAUGCCCUUGGGUUCAACGUGAACAACGGCUACCUGGAGGGUGUUGUCCGCGGAUACAAGGGCGCGCUGCUCACCGCCAACAACUACCACAACCUCACCCAGUGUGAGAACCUCGAGGACUUUCGCCUCCAGCUCUCGAGCACCGACUAUGGCAACUUCCUCGCCAACGAGCCGCUGCCUCUGAGCACUGCUACAAUCGCCGAUAAGGCCACUGCCAAGCUUGUUGACGAGUUCCACUACAUCCGCACCAACGCGGUCGAGCCCCUUGCGACGUUCAUGGACUACAUUACCUACGCGUACAUGAUCGACAAUGUGAUCCUCCUCACCCUCGGCACCCUGCACGAGCGCGACACGCACGAGUUGCUGGAGCGAUGCCACCCUCUGGGUGUGUUUGACACUAUGCCUGCCCUCUGUGUCGCCACCAACGUCGAGGAGCUGUACCACUCGGUCCUUGUCGAGACCCCCCUCGCCCCUUAUUUCCGUGACUGCCUUUCUGCGCAGGACCUGGACGACCUCAACAUUGAGAUUAUCCGUAACGCCCUGUACAAGGCGUACCUCGAGGACUUUUACAAGUUCUGCCAGACUCUCCCAGCGCCUACUGGUGAGGUCAUGAGCCGCAUCCUGGCGUUUGAGGCCGACCGUCGUACCAUCAACAUUACGAUCAACUCGUUUGGCACCGAGCUCACCAAGGAGCAGCGUGCCCGCCUCUUCCCGACCGUGGGCCACCUGUACCCUGCUGGUAACAAUGCUCUCGCGCGUGCCGACGACAUUGAGCAGGUUGUCGCUGCGGUCGACCACUUGAGCGAGUACCGCACCUUCUUUGAGAAGGCCGGCACUGCCAACACUGCCUCUGGCGGUGACGAUGCGGACGCGGGGUCGUCGCUCGAGGACGAGUUCUUCAAGUACGAUGUGGAGCUCAACAAGCAGAGCUUCCUGCAGCAGUUCCAGUAUGGUGUGUUCUACUCGCACAUCAAGCUCAAGGAGCAAGAGGUCCGUAACUUGACCUGGAUUGCCGAGUGCAUUGCCCAGGACGCGCGUGACCGUAUUGGAGACUAUAUCCCUAUUUUCUAA